AUGCCUUUGAAGGUUGUCGUUGUUGGUGCUGGCCUAGCGGGCCUGGGCGCCGCCAUUGCCUUGAACCGAGCAGGCCAUGACGUCGAGGUCCUCGAGCAAUCUGGAUUUCUCAACGAAGUGGGGGCUGCCAUCCAUGUGGCGCCUAAUGCCACGCGCAUUCUCAAAGAAUGGGAAAUCAACUUGGAGAGCCUGCAGCCCGUACACUGCGACAGACUGCAGAUUUGGGAUCAGCAAGGCAACCCCGUCCGAACCCCAGUCGUGACAAAGGACGCUCAGGAAGCCCUGGGCAUUCAUGAUGAAUGGUUACUUACACACCGAGUGGAUCUGCAUAAUGCUUUAAGAGACUCGGCCGCAAAGGAAGUCAACGGCAGGAAACCUACCAUUCACCUAUGCUCUCGUGUAGCAUCUGUGGAUCCCAAGGCUGGCGAGGUGACGCUUGAUAAUGGAACCAAAUUUACCGGUGACUUGAUUAUAGGUGCGGAUGGCAUUCAUUCUCGAAGUGUUCGCAGUGUCACUGGCGACAGUCAACAGAAAGAAAGCACUGGUCAAAACUGCUUUCGCUUCCUUAUUCCUGAAGCCAAGAUGAAGAGCAACCCUCUCACUGCAUCUCUUCUGGACAAAAUGGGGUCUGGCGGUGUGCACGUUUUCGCCUCCAAGGAUCGAAGACUAGUCGUCUAUCCUUGCCGUCAUGGUGAUCUGCUCAAUGUUGCAGGUAUUCAUCCAUCAGGCCCAGAGACUGACGCAAAAGAUGCUUCUUGGCUUGACGGCGGGAAUCUGAAUCAGUUGCUUGAAGCAUAUGGAACUUUCGGUCCGGAGCUUCAAGAGAUGUGCAAACUGGCGGAAGACUUGAAGCUCUGGAGCCUAGCAUCUCGCUCUCCCCCGCGGACAUUCGUCCGGGGCAAACUAGCACUCGUCGGAGAUGCGGCGCAUCCAACCCUACCUCAUCAAGGCCAAGGUGGUGCGCAAUCAUUUGAAGACGGAGCAGCUCUCGGAGCCCUAUUCCCUGCUGACACCACCGAGGAAGAUAUUCAGCAACGCUUGGAGCUGUACAACCAAGUCCGCUAUGGACGAGCCGUUACGGUGAUGAUGAUGUCCAAGGUCGAUGAUGACCGCCGGGCCCAGAUGCUGGACGAAUUGAGGACCUAUGUGCCGAGUGCCCAGCUGCCCAAGGAUAUGUUUUCUUUCACCUGGACCUCAUAUCCUGGCCGGGAUGCUCAACGGCUACUUCAGACCGUUCAUUAG